AUGGCGCUCGACGCCGCAGAAUGGCGGUUUGCGUCGGAGUUUGCGUGGGACGAUGGUGGCACAACAUCGCCGCCGCUCGACACGCAGCCCGACGACCUCAUCGAGUUGAUCGGCUCGUACUCCAGCGACGUGCUCGAGCCAAGCCACCUGGGCCGCCUUGCCAGGACGAGUACAUGCAUGCGGCGGCUGCUGGCAGAGCUGCUAGAAACGCUUCGGGCCGAUAGAAAGGCGGCGCUGCUGCUAUCCCGAAAGGUCGCCCCGUCGCUGGCAGACUUUCUUCGCGAGCGGCCCACCGCAAUCUUCGCGAGCGGCAAGAACAUCACGGAAGCAGACGCGCCGACGCUCGGCCACUGGUUACGCAGCGAGGCGUCGUCGCAACUCGAGCUUCUCAAUCUCAGCGACAAUCCGCUUGGCUCCGCGGGCGCGGAUGCCAUCGCCGCCGCCACGACCACCGGCAGCCAAAGGCGUCUCAAGCGCGCCGGCGGCUUGAAACACCUCAGGAGCCUCUUCCUCAGCGGCACCGAGUUGGGCGUCGACGGAAUGCGGCACCUCGCUGCAUGCAUCGGCGACGGCGGGCUACCCAGCCUGGAGUGGCUCUUCCUAGGCAACAAUGCCGUCGGCGACGACGGCGCCAAGGCCCUUGCGGAGGGGCUCGCCGAGAAGGAGGCGCCGGCGCUCAAGACGCUGCACCUUGCCGACAACGGGAUUCGCGAUGCGGGCAUCGUGGCGCUAAUGGCUACGGCGGCCGAGGGCAAGCUGGCGAGUAUCGAGGAGUUGGUCCUCGAGAAGAACCGGUUUGGUGACGCGGGUGCCGACGCGCUUACGGCGUCAAUCUCGAAGGGCAGCUUGCCGAAGCUGAAGUACCUCAAACGCUGA